AGCACGCUUGCACGUUGAGCGCAGGCGCAGUUUUCGUAGUUCCACUACGCGAUUUACGCGCGGCCCGCGCUCUCGCAACCUUAGCGCCCUCACCUUCGUAUGUUGCGUAUUGGAUAUUCGCAGUCCACUUUCGGGUAGUGUGUGUGCUCUAACUCGAUAGGCGGUGGAAAGGAACCGCGUUGUUUCGCAGUACCUAUCGGACGCCCGCAGAUAAAAGCGCCAACCUGGAAAAUUAAUAAUAAACGCCCGAUAAAAAACCGUCACAAUGGCACUAGUGCUACAAUAUAUCAAUGAUAUGCACCAUUAUAUGAAUAAAUAUGGAGAUCCACGGACAAAUCCAUGGUUCCUGAUGAGUUCACCAUUUCCUACGUUAAUAAUAUGUCUUAGUUAUGUUUAUCUAGUCAAGGUUAUAGGCCCAAAGUUUAUGGAAAACAGAAAACCCUAUGAAUUACAAAAUUUAUUAAUAAUUUAUAAUUUCUCACAAGUGAUAUUCAGCAUGUGGCUAUUCUAUGAGAUCGGGGCCGCGGGCUGGUUCACAGGCAGGUAUAACUUUCACUGUCAGCCGGUCGACCACUCCAAACAUCCACAAACAAUGAGGAUGGUUCACGCAUGUUGGUGGUACUACUUUUCAAAAUUCACAGAAUUCUUUGAUACGAUCUUCUUUGUACUAAGAAAGAAAUUCGAUCAUGUAUCUACCCUUCACGUGAUCCACCACGGAGUGAUGCCCAUGUCCGUAUGGUUCGGCGUAAAGUUCACUCCGGGAGGUCACUCCACAUUCUUCGGUCUUCUGAACACAUUUGUGCACAUCAUUAUGUAUACGUACUACAUGAUGGCCGCUAUGGGCCCACACAUGAAGAAAUACUUGUGGUGGAAGAAGUAUUUAACAACUCUACAAAUGGUGCAAUUCAUCGGUAUCAUGGUGCACGCGUUCCAACUGCUGUUCAUUGAGUGCGACUACCCGAGAGCGUUCGUUUGGUGGAUCGGCAUGCAUGCCGUUAUGUUCUUCUUCCUUUUCAAAGAUUUCUACAACCAGUCCUAUUCGAAACCAAAGGUCCGCGCGCGCUCCCCGCCGCCCGCCCCAGUGACGACGGACAUCAGCGACGCCAAGGAAGUGCCGUACAAGAACGGCGCGCUCAAGAACGGCUUCAGCAACGGGCACACGAACGGGCUCGUGCGCGCCCGCACCGUGCUGCCGGCGGGCAACUGACGUUCACCGCCACCGAACGUUCUAGCAUUCCGUAGUCUGUGAUUCAUAGCCCCGUCUCCCGCGCCCCCGCGCCCCGCGCCCUGCGCCCCCGCGCCCUGCGCCCUAGCGCCCCGCGCCCCAGCGCCCUCGCGCCCCGGACACGACCGACGCGGUGACUGUUGUCUAGUGCUAAUGUGAUCUAUCUAGUGUAUAUAGCCGGUGUCAGUGGUGUACAUUUUAUUUUUACGAUACAAAUUGUAGCUAGAUUUUGUAUCGUGAUAGCGUAGCCUUUUGUACUUUUAAUACGAUCGCUUUUAGGGUUUAGUUACCUCUGGAAGUUUGUUUUGACUUGUUAUAUUAUGUAUUAUAUUAUUAUAUCAAUGUCUUGGGUGCUUAUAUUAGAGUAAAUAAUAAAUACAGGACGUGUUUGUACUGUUCAGAAAUUGAGUAAUGUAAAUGUGCAAUAUCGAAUAUGGGAAUCAUGAUUUUAUUAGAAAAAUAUACAUGUAAAAACAUUAUUUGCAAUCAACGAUAACUGACCUUAUUUUUUAUAAUUGCAUGUUACCCAAAAUGUCCCAAUAAGAAAUGUAGUAGUAUAAAUUAGAUCACAUUAUUUCUAUAAAACUGUGUAUAAUAUUAAAAUCUGUAUAUUUGUUAAAAGGCAUCUAUGAAAUUGUUAAAACAAUUAUUAUUCAAUUAUUUAGUAAGAUCGAUUGAUCAAAUAUGA